CAUUCAAUGCGUAAAACACGAAAGCAUCAACCAUGACGCCAGCUGUGCUCUCCGCCUUAGCACAAACCAACUCAUCCUCCACUCUCAACGGCCUCAUACCGUUCCCUCCAAAACCCCAAAAUUCAAAACAAAACAUCUUUCUUGAGAACAAGAUCUCACGCAGAGACAUUGCUUCUCUCUCAUUCUCAUUCUCAUUCAUCGCUCUUUCUCCUUUCCUCUCUCCAAUCGCUCCUGCAUCUGCAUUCUCCUUUGGCAUUUCAGGACCGAAAGACUGGUUAAAAGAGCAAAAGAGGAAGUCCUCGAGGUUCAUCUUGGCACCGAUUGACGCUUCGCGAGAAAUUCUUCGCUCUGUCUAUCUCUCACUCACGGCUAGGGAUUCUGAAUAUACUAACAAGGAUUUAGAGGAAAUUCAAGAGCUGUUGAGAUCGGCCGCUAGGGAUUGCGUUCCACAAGAGAGGAAUUCGCUUGUUAGCUUUCAAGCCAGCACCGGAGUCGAGGUUUGCACAUUUCGACUGAUUGUGAAAAAUGCGGCUUCCUUGCUUGAUAAGAAGGAUCCUGUGAAGUUGGAAGCCGAAGCUAUGCUAAAUGAUCUUAUAAGAUCUUUCACUUCUCUUAAUGGCCUAGCAAGUGAAACUGACAUUCAACUUUCUUCCAAUAGAGAAAAGGUAGUAGUUGCUCUCAUGGAUACCAUAUCCGUCCUUGACAAGUUUGAGCAGGGAGUCAAAGAAUGCCUUGAAGUUUGACAAUCAUUCUCUGAUUAAAUUAUUCUAGUUUAUAUUGUGCUUAAAGGCUUUGCAGCUUUUAUCUGUUGGACUUGGAACUUGGAAAAUGGUGAAAGCAAGAUUUUAGUAAUGAAGUUUUAUUAUUGGAAGGAGGUUGAUGUUUGUUUCCUUAGCUUGGUUCACCUGUUGAACUAAAGUUCUCUGGAAUGGUUAUUGUGGAUGCAUUCUCUUAUCCCCACCCCUUGCCUUCCAAAAGAAAAAAAAAUAUCUUCUGUUUAUUGUACUUGAAGCUUUUUGUUACAAGUAACUGGAAAUUGGAAGGUACUGGAAUUGUGGAACUUUGUCCAUUUUGACAUGUUCUUAGCUGUAUAUUAAUUGUUUAUCUUUCUGUUA